ACGUAUCCAUAGCCACGGACGCGCGCGCACAUGUGAUAUGUCUUUCGAAAGCAGCGUCCGUCCAAGUGCAGAAGAAGAAGACGCUGAAGACGCGUCCAUCAUCCACGUGCGGUUUGUUUUGUCCUUUUUGGUAGAGCGAAGAAUUGCGAAGUUGCUUGGAAAAGGCGCUUCUGGCUGUGUUUAAGGUUCCUGUUUGUGUUACCUGCUGGAACAUUCGAGCAUGAACUAUGAGUUUCCAUCUCGUCGAAUUUUUGAGUGACCGCAGCACGUACGUCGUGUCAUCAAGUUGGGUGUUGGAAAGAAAUGAUGGAUUAUAUUCCUCCUGGCCAUCAAGAGCCUCAAAAUUGGAGAUCCUCAAGCUUUUAAAAUGCCACCAUCCACCAGAGCCUUCAUGGGGAAAACACAAAAUCCGUAUUCUCUGCACCACAGAUGAUAUUGACGAAGCCAUGGAGAAGUUAGCUCUGGCUGAGGACACGUCAAACCUUGAGAGCGACGCCGAGGUACAUAAGAAAACACGAAAGGAGAGAAAACGUGUAAUUUUCUCUAGCACUGAAAGUGACUCAGAUGGAGAUGAGGCGAAACAGAUUGUGAGAAAAUCAGAAAAGCGUGCUGCUCGAGCUCGGACAAUGGUGGCAAAUCAGCUUCCUCCUCCACCUCCAGUGCCUACCAUAAGUGGUACCUACUCACAUCCUCCAGUAGUGCAGGGUACAAGUGCACGUCCUCCUGCCGUGCAUUCGGGGUAUUUUACAGGGAGAAGACAUGACGAUUCCUGCCCAGACAUUCCACAGGAGUCUCACACUGCUCGUCCAGCACAUCAUUUUCGUGAGCAGACCCAUGUGCUAGCCGACGGAGCAGGCACACGACUGGAUAUGAGAUCUCCAUCUCCUGACAGAGUUACAUCCGUGUAUGCUCCACGGAGCACAGCUCAAGGAUAUGGAUUGCAACUCUCCUCGCAUACUUAUGGUGUGCAUUACAGUGAUCCACCUGCCAGACUAUCGCAGCCAUCAUCAUGGGAACCUUCAGUGCCUCGUUAUGGGACACCACAACAUGCACUAGAAGACCAGGAAAGUCAUCAUCUGUUGAAGACACUACUGGAGAAAAUCUCCACUCUUGAGUCUAGAUUUAAAGUAUUCGAAAGCAGGAUUUUUCUGCAUAACAAAGAAACUUUGCUGGAAAUACGUGAAAUGAACAAGCGAUGCGUCCAUGGGAAAGUACCCUUAAAUCUUCCUGAGGACUGCCCCAUGAUACCUGCCACUGCCUUCGAAAUGUUGGAGGAUUUAGACGCCUACCUCCAGGAGGAGAGGAACCUAACUUCUAUGGUAAACUUCUUUGCUACGAAAGGCGGCAGCGAUGAGAGGGGUGCCGUGAGGGCUGUACUGCGUGACAUUGUAUCAAACCAGUUGGCACUAAGGUGCAGCUGGAAGGGCUCGCAAGGGGAAAAGCAUUCGUUCUCGAAACUGGCCAAUGUCAUCAAGAUGAUAUUAGGGUCCGUGCGUAUAAACUUCAAGGAUGCUACAGAUGCCACCAUAAAAAAUGUAGUAAAGAAAUGGCUGUAUUUUGCAGCCGAUCGGAAUGGGGGUCGCUCGCAGCGAAGGAAACAAGCAUCCAACCAAUGAUUAUGUAACCAAUAUUUCUACGUGCCAAAAUAAAUACAAAUAAAG